CCAUUUCUUCUGUUGCUGCAGGUUCACCAGGAGCUAGAGGGCCCAUGGGGAUGCCUGGACCUGCUGGCCCAGUUGGGCCCAAAGGGGACAACGGUCCUGCUGGAGAACCUGGACCAAAGGGAGACUCGGGGCCACCUGGACCUCCGGGACCUCCAGGUGUGCCUGGGCCGGCUGGACCAGAGGGUCCCUCAGGAACGCAGGGGAAUGUGGGACCACAAGGUGAACCAGGCCCAAAGGAGCGCCUGGGCCCCAAAGCCUCCCAGUUCUCCUCCACGUACAGCCGAGGAAAUGAUCCAACCUGCACACACUCUCAGCAGCCUUUGUCCCAAUCUGUUCCUUCCUCAGGAGAAGUGGGUGCCCCAGGCGUGCAGGGCUCCACAGGGACAAGAGGCCCCCCAGGUCCCAAAGGAGAGAAAGGUGCCCCUGGUGAGCGUGGAGCCCCUGGGCAUGCAGGGCCAGCAGGUGAGUGA